AUGGUUUUUAUUUUUUCAUACUUUAAUUAUUUUUGUAUUAAUUAUAGGCUCUUUUUAAAAGAAAGAGAUAACAAAAGAAGAUAUUAUUUUAGAAUGAAAAAUUUAAUAUUAAUAUUUUUUAUUUUUUUAUUUAUUUCAAAUGUAUAUUCAUAUGUAUCAACAUGUAAUGGACCUGAUUCAUAUACAGCAAAUUUAAAACCAUGGAGUUAUGGAAGUAGUUGGAUUUCAGGUAAAAUUCCAGUAACUGGAGAUAAAGUAGAAAUUCCAUCAGGAUAUAGUAUAUUAUUAGAUGUAUCAACACCAAGAUUAACCCAAAUUUGGAUUCAAAGUGGUGGUCAAUUAGUUAUUAGUUCAAAACAUGGACCAUUGGAAAUUAUAACCGAUGGUAUAUUAAUUGAAGGUAGAAUGGAUGUUGGUGAUGAAAAUUGUAAAUUUAAUGAAUCAUUUACAGUUACACUUACUGGUAUUGAAGGACAAGGAUAUAUUGAAAAAAAGAGUGAUAUGCUCCAAAAGUAUAUUGGUGUUUUACCAGGUGGUUCAUUGGAAGUUCAUGGUUAUCUUAGUUAUCCAAUUCCAACAUGGACUAAAUUAAAUAAAACAAUCACUGGUGGAAGUACAAUGAUUAUUAAUGUUGCCGAUGACGUUAGUAUGUGGCCAGUUGGCUCAACAAUUGUAUUGGGUAGUACCGAUUUUGAUAUGUACCAAUCUGAAGAGGUUAUAACUCUUUCAUGUCCAGAAUGUUCGGCUUAUCAAUUGAAAAUCAAUGGUUCAAAAUAUUAUCAUUUUGGUGCAAUCACUUUUGGCGUCGAUGAAAGGGCCGAAGUGGGUCUAUUAACUAAAAAUAUUGUAGUACGUGGUGAAAUGCAGCCAACUUGUAACGGUUCAAGAAUUUGCGAUUAUUUCAAUUUCGAUGGGUUUGGUGGACAUAUUAAAUUUGUUAAAGGCUUUGCAAAUGGUCAUCUCGAGGGUAUGGAAGUCUACAAUAUGGGUCAAACCUAUAAUGUUGGUUAUUAUCCAAUUCAUUUUCAUAUGUGUGGUGAUGUAGAUACAGGUUCCUAUGCAAAUUGGCCAAGCUAUGUAAAAGAUGUUUCAAUUCAUCAUACAAAGUCAAGAUGUUUAACAAUUCAUGGUACAAGUGGUUUGGUUGUAGUGAAUAACUUUGCCUAUGAUCAUUAUGGACAUUGUUAUUUCUUUGAGGACGGUAGUGAACAAAGAAAUUAUUUAGAUUCAAAUGUUGGUUUAGUAACUCGUUAUGGUUACCUUUUACCAUCAGAUAGAGAUGGAGAUGUUUGUAUCUUUGCCAAUCCAACCGAUUACAAUGGAAAUGCAAUUGAUAUUGGAACAUGUCAAGCGGUGGCCACUUUUUGGAUUACAAACCCAAAUAAUUAUUUAAAGAAUAACGUUGCUGGUGGUUCUGCAAAUACUGGUUUUUGGUUCCUUUUCCCCGAGGCAGUAAGUGGCAUUUCAUCUUAUAUUUCCGCUUAUGACAAUGUUUAUCCACCAUAUAUUCCAAUUGGUAGUUUUGUAAAUAACAAGGCCCAUUCAAAUGUUUUGCAAGGAAUGAACAUUGAUCAAUCUCAUCAGAUUCAACAACAAAGUGCAGAUUAUCCAAAUCCUCAUCUUUCAAUGACCUAUGGUCGUUAUAAACCAAGAGUUGACCCAACCAAUCCAUCUUCAGCACGUGCAACCUCUUUGAUUUAUCAAUUUACAGCUUAUAAAAAUAAAUGGAGAGGUUUAUGGGCUAGAGGAGGUGAUCUUGUUUUCCAUUCAUGUAUUUUCUCAGAGAAUGCAAUCGGUGCAACUUUAGCAGCAGAGGGUGUAAUGCAAGCAGAUAUGGGUUCAACUCAACAAUGUAUUGGUUGUACUUUUAUUUUGGAAACAGAGAAUGUUGGUCAAGCAACAAAUGGUUUAAAUACCUAUGGUGGUGUUACACUUCCAGCCUACUAUCAAUUCAGUCAAAGAGGUAUUGAAAUUUAUGAUGGUCCUGUUAUACUUCAAUAUUGUACCUUUAUUGGAUUCAAUACCGAUGGAUCAAGAAAUACAAGUGCAAUUGGUUGGUUCCUUUAUGAUGAUUGGAUUUUCUCUACCACAAAUCAAUUGAUUGGUUCAACUUUUAUUAAUUCAAAUCUACGUGUAUUAAAUAUACCAUCCAAUUAUGAUGGUGCUAAACAACAAAUUUUCCUUGAUGCCGAUGGUUCAGUCACUGGUACCAAGAAUUCCUAUGUUGUCCCAAGUGUUCCAUACUUUUAUUCAAGUAAAAGUGUUAUAAAUACCGCAUGGAAUAUGUCAAUCUCCACAGAGAAAUUUGCAUCACUCUAUGUCUAUAAUAAAGAUGUCGCAGGUAGUAAUAUACCAGAUUCAGCAGGAAUUAUCAUGGUAAGAGAUGAAUAUUCAUAUUAUCGUCAUAUCCUUCAAGGCGUACCAAAUGGAUCACCAAGAAAUACAUUUUUACCAACAGUUAUGCUUGGAAAGAGUUAUACAAUGCAUUUCCCACAUGCAACACCACCACAUCUUCAAGUUCAAUUAACAAAUUUCGAUCAAAGUGAUCAAGUUAUCGUUGGUAUUUGUUAUCCAACUUGGGGUGUCACUUUUGAAAUCACUAAAAAUGUUAUUAUCAACAAUUGGAAUGCUGUCGUUGAAUCAGUGAAAAUGGUUGACUCAUUGGAUCAAGUUAAAAAUGACACCAAAGGUUUAUCAGCAUACUAUGAUUCAGUGACAGGUUUAUUAUUCUUAAAUGCAAUUCAAGAAAGAACUCGUCAAUGGAAUUAUUUUUGUCCAGAUGUUGGUUGUGAAACUUUUGAUAUCCAAAUAACUGGUUUGGGUGUAAACACAAAUACUGGUUAUUGUUCAAGCUCUUAUCCAAAAUAUUCCAAACUAUCAUUGGCAACAAGAGGUGGUUGUAAUGGUGAUCCAAAUUUAGUAUAUGAUAUAUGUGGCGUUUGUGGUGGUGAUGGUUCAACUUGCGGUGCUACCACAAAUAAAUUGGUAAAUGAAUUGGGUUUAUCAAAUUCAAAUUCUGCAAUUUCAAUUAAUUUAUUACCAUUUAAUUUUAUUUCAAUAACAUUUUUAAUUUUUUCAAUAAUAAUAAUUUUAUUAUAA